AUGGGAUUUCAUAGCAAAAGUAUCAGGUUUGAAGGUUGGCGGGAGACAAAAGUACUAGGUUUGAAAAGAACAGGGAAGAGUUGCAGGCUCCGCUGGGUUAAUUAUCUCAAUCCUGCUUUAAAAAGAGGCAAGAUGACACCCCAUGAACAGCGACUUGUUCUUCAACUUCAUUCUAAAUGGGGAAAUAGAUGGUCAAAAAUUGCUCAGAAAUUACCUGGAAGAACAGAUAAUGAGAUCAAGAAUUACUGGAGAACCCAUAUGAGAAAAAGUGCUCAAGAGAGGAAGAAAUCAGCUGUAUCUCCAUCGUCCUCGUCCAAAUCUUCUUCAUGUAACAUAAUUGAAGAGAUCAAAGAGCCCAGUUUUUAUGACACCGGAGGUCUUGAUGUGGUACCAAGUACAGGAAAAAAACUCGAUGUUCAAACGCCCACCUCAAAAAUGGAUGGACCCGUCUCACGACGUUCCGAAUCCAAGAAUGUUCAAGAAAAAGAAGAAAUCACAAACUUGUACUCCAUGGAUGAGAUAUGGAAAGACAUUGAAUUGUCUGAAGAAAAUUACAAUUUCCCAAGUCAAACGAUGGCAUCUCCAAUAUGGGAUUAUUGUCCAGACUUUCUCUGGCCUAUGGAUGAAGAAGAAAAAAAGAUGUUUCUGCCAAUGAGUUAUCAGUUUCAUUCUUUUAAGCAAACGAAGACUGGUUAG